CCUCACUCCUCCAGGCACAGCCCCCGAUCAAUUUCGGGGCUUCACGGUACAAUUGCGACGUGUUUUACUCACGGACUUGCCCCUCUGAAUUCGGUUAACUGAGAAAGCACAAAAGCUCCCUCCCCUGCGUAAGUCUCAGCGUAUCGCCAUCGCCUCAGCAAGGCAGAAAAUUGCACCGCCCGGGUCGAUUCCUAUAUGUUCUGGUCGGAAUUUGGGAAAAUACGAAAACAUUCCAAACUGUUUGGUGAUAUUUUAUAUUUUGGAGGCAGAUUCAACUGGUCUACGCGCCUCUUCACACUUGCACCUGGUGUUCAUCAAUUAUUACUCGAAUAAUUAUUUAUAUUUAUCAUUAUGGCGGGCAACACCAACUUAGCGCUACCUACCCUCCAAGUUAACACACAUGUGCGUUCUAAUAGCGAUGCAACCGACGAUGCCACGACACCGUCGGGCAUGUCGACAAUUUCCAACCCGUUUUUAACACCAUCAGCCUCAAAUAACCCUUUUCUUACGCCCUAUAACAGGAGUCGCGCAUCCAGCAUUGCGACAUCCACAACUCCAGCAAUAGACACCGAUUCCGCUCUGCGCCCCGACCCCGGCACUGAAGCCGAUUUCAACGUAGACAACAACCCUUUUGCAUAUAGCCCGGGCCAGCUCAAUAAACUCCUCAACCCCAAGUCCCUUGCCGCAUUUAGGGCACUGGGUGGGCUGCGUGGAAUCGAAAAGGGCCUCCAGACAGAUAUCACCGCCGGCUUGGGCGUUGAUGAGACUUCCGUCCCAGCUAGAGUCACAUUUGAAGAAGCCGUCGCGAACAGUAAGGCACAUCAAAACGAAAUAUCCCUAGCCCCUCCGCAAGAUGGCGCCGAGGCUUUCUGCGACCGCUCCCGCGUCUACGGCCGGAACGUGCUCCCCGCCAAAAAGGCAACGCCGCUGUGGAAGCUUAUGUGGGACGCCUACAACGACAAAGUGCUCAUCCUGCUCACAGGAGCGGCCGUUAUAUCGCUGGCUCUGGGUCUAUACGAGACCUUCGGUGUGGUGCACCCUGCAGGCUCGCCUAUGCCUGUGGACUGGGUCGAGGGCGUGGCCAUCGUGGUUGCCAUUGUCAUCGUCACGGCUGUCGGUUCCCUUAACGACUGGCAGAAAGAGCGCGCAUUUGUCCGGCUUAAUGCGAAGAAAGAGGAUCGCGAGAUCAAGGCCAUCCGUUCGGGAACUUCGUACAUGAUUAACGUGCAUGAUAUCCUCGUGGGAGAUAUACUGCAUCUUGAGGCGGGUGAUUUGAUUCCCGUUGAUGGCAUUUUCAUCAGCGGGCAUGAUUUGAAGUGCGACGAGUCCUCGGCGACGGGCGAGUCGGAUGCGCUGAAGAAGACGGGCGGAGAGCAGGUCAUGCAGGCGCUCGAGGCGGGCAAGAAGUCCAAGGGUCUUGAUCCGUUCAUUAUUUCGGGUGCGAAGGUGCUCGAGGGCAUGGGGACGUUUGUCUGCACUUCGGUUGGCGUCAACUCGAGUUUCGGCAAGAUCAUGAUGUCCGUCCGGACCGAGGUCGAAGCCACGCCGCUGCAGAAGAAGCUAGAGCGUCUUGCCAUCGCAAUCGCCAAACUUGGUGGGGGUGCCGCCGGUCUCCUUUUCUUCGUGCUCCUUUUCCGCUUUUUGGCCGGGCUGUCAGGAGACACUCGGCCUGCUGCCGAGAAAGCCAUGACGUUCAUGGACAUCCUCAUCGUGGCCAUUACGAUCAUCGUCGUCGCCGUGCCUGAAGGUCUUCCCCUGGCCGUAACCCUCGCACUGGCCUUCGCAACUACCCGCCUGCUCAAGGAGAACAACCUGGUGCGCGUGCUCCGAGCAUGCGAAACCAUGGGCAACGCUACGACCAUUUGCUCCGACAAAACCGGUACUCUCACCACCAACAAGAUGACCGUCGUCGCCGGCACAUUCGGGCAGACCAACUUCGUCAAGUCGGACACGGAAAAGCCCAACACCAUGAGCAUCUCGCGAUGGGCCUCAAGCCUCUCCCUCGCCACCAAGGAAGCCAUCAUCCAAUCCGUCGCCAUCAACUCCACCGCCUUCGAGGGCGUCGAUAACGGGCAGUUCGCGUUCAUUGGCUCCAAGACCGAGACGGCCCUGCUACAGCUGGCUCGAGAACAACUCGGCAUGGGUUCUCUCCCCGGAGUCCGGGCCAAUGAGGAAGUGGUGCAGAUGAUGCCUUUCGACUCGGACAAGAAGUGCAUGGGCGCCGUGAUUCGGUUGCGCUCAGGCGGCUACCGCCUCCUUAUCAAGGGCGCAUCGGAGAUUCUGCUCGGGUGCUGCUCUUCCACUGCCGACAUCCAGACCCUCGCCUCGGCUGCACUCACCGAGGCUGAUAGAACGAUGUUGACGAAGACCAUCGACGGGUAUGCUCGCCAGUCCCUCCGUACCAUUGGGCUCGUCUACCGGGACUACCCAUCCUGGCCGCCCGCCGGAGUCUCCAUCGAGGAAGAAGGCCAUGUUGAGUUGUCUUCCGUGCUCAACGACCUCGUCUUCCUUGGCUUGGUGGGAAUCCAAGACCCCGUCCGCCCCGGCGUUCCGGAGGCCGUGGCCAAGGCCCAGCACGCCGGCGUCGUGGUCCGUAUGGUUACUGGCGACAACGCCGUCACUGCGCAAGCCAUCGCCACGGAAUGCGGCAUCUACACCGACGGCGUCAUCAUGGAGGGCCCCACAUUCCGCGCCCUGAGCGAGGAGGAGAUGAACUCGACGCUUCCCAAGCUGCAGGUUCUAGCACGGUCUUCGCCGGAGGAUAAGCGGAUUCUGGUCACGCGACUCAAGGCGUUAGGAGAGACCGUGGCAGUCACUGGCGACGGGACGAACGACGCUCCUGCGCUGAAGGCGUCAGACGUUGGUUUCUCCAUGGGUAUCUGCGGCACCGAAGUCGCAAAAGAGGCUUCGUCGAUUGUGCUUAUGGACGACAACUUCGCGUCGAUCAUCAUGGCGCUGAAGUGGGGUCGCGCCGUUAAUGAUGCGGUGCAGAAGUUCUUGCAGUUCCAAGUGACGGUAAACAUCACUGCUGUCCUCCUAGCUUUCAUCUCCGCCGUCUCCUCCCCCACCAUGGAAUCCGUCCUCACGGCCGUUCAACUUCUCUGGGUUAACCUCAUAAUGGACACCUUCGCCGCCCUCGCCCUCGCCACCGACCCGCCCACGGAGAAAAUCCUCGACCGGCCUCCCCAGACCAAGAGCGCGCCCCUCAUUACCACCAACAUGUGGAAGAUGAUCGUCGGGCAGGCCAUCUUCCAACUCGUCGUCACUUUGAUCCUGCACUUCGCUGGUGCGCAAAUCCUUGGGUACGACUUGAAUGACACGAACAAGAUGUUGGAGUUGGACACCAUGGUCUUCAACACGUUUGUCUGGAUGCAGAUUUUCAACGAGUUCAAUAACCGACGGUUGGAUAACAAGUUCAAUAUCUUUGAGGGGGUUCAUCGGAAUAUGUUCUUCAUUGGGAUUAACUGCAUCAUGGUCGGAGCGCAGAUAGCCAUCAUCUUUGUCGGUGGAAAGGCAUUUUCGAUUACCCAGAUCGAUGGGGUGCAGUGGGCGAUCUGUAUCGUGUUGGCCUUGUUGUCAUUGCCGUGGGCGGUGGUGGUGAGGUUAUUUCCUGAUGAGCUUUAUGCACGCAUUGCAAGGGUCGUUGGGGGCCCAGUGGUGAUUGUGUACAAGGCCCUUGCUAGGGUGUUUGGGAGGUUGGGAGGGGUACUUAAGAGGAAUAAGAAGAGUCCGGGGGAUAAGGUCGAAUCGGAGAAGGAGAAGAGCGAUGGUAGUGAGGAUGGGGCGCCGGCCUUGUUUGUGACUGAGGUAAAUCCCACCAUACAGGUUGAGGAUGCUGAGAAGGGGUGGGUGUAAUGUGUGAUAUUUCUUACGUGCUUAGAGCGGAUAGACCCUAUGUUUGCAGCGAUGCGAUUCUUAUAUGAAUGAUGAUAUCUAAUCGAC